CCGGGAUGCUGGACUGGGAAGCGGCUGUUUCUGGUGAGGGGCGCGCGAGGACUUCGCCCGGUCGCUGAGGGGGCUUCAGGGAGCCAUGAACGGGCCGCAGAACAAUGUUGACAGAAGACAGUUUCUGCUGGAGAGGUUAUUGGAUGCGGUGAAACAGUGCCAGAUCAGAUUUGGGGGACGGAAAGAGAUCGCUUCUGAUUCAGAUAGCAGAGUCACGUGCCUGUGCGCUAAGUUCGAAUCUGUGCUCCAACAUGGUCUGAAGAGGACCCGGGGGCUAGCCUUAACAGCGGCGGCAAUUAAACAGGCAGCGGGCUUCUCCAGUAAAACGGAAAUGGAUCCUGUAUUCUGGUAUUACGUGAAAGAAGUCCUUAACAGGCACGAACUCCAGCGCUUCUGUUCUCUGGAAGCCAGGACACAUUACGGUGACGUGGAUGUGGGCCGGGUCAAUUGGCUUCGCGCUAUGCUUGCCCUGAACGAGCAUUCUUUGGAAAGAUACUUCCACAUGCUGCUGGCAGACAAGGACCGGCUCAGUGUCUUCUAUGAAGACUGGUCUUUCAUGAUGGAUGAAGAACGGUCCAGUAUGAUCCCCACCAUGGCAGCCGGUCUGAACCCGAUUCUUUUUGCCAUCAACAUCGAUAAUGCGGAUUUAAACGGGCAAAGCAAAGGCCCUUCCGCCGUCUCCCACCUUUUGAAGGAAUCCACCCAGAACGUGACCUCGUUGUUGAAGGGAUCCACCCAGGGGGUGAGCAGCCCAAUGGAGAUCACGGCCUGCCUCCGCUCAAGCGGGAUUCUCAUCAUCAGAUCGGAUCAAGACACAAACCUGUCGCCUGUUUUUCCAAAGAGCGCUAGCGGGGAUUUGAGUUACGGAAACGGUGGAAGGCGGAGGAGGAAAGUCAAUAUUAUUUCCUUUGAUGACAAGGAAGAUGAACCGGACUUGGGUGACAUCUUAGGCGUGACUGUUGCGGGUGGAAGCUUGGACGGGAACUCUGACCGAUUUUCAGGGCACGUCCCGUCUUUCUCUGGCCCCCUCGCUAAACUGCAUCGGAACUGGCUUCGAUGUGGUUUCGCUUCAAAACGCAUCCCAAGCCGUGAUCUAAAAUGGGAGAUGUUUGCUUCCUGUAGUUGGAUGUCAAAAGUAGUGGACGGCGAUGUCAAGAUAACAAGAGAGUUAAGUUCAGGCUCCUGUGGAAAACCCUCGCAGGGUGUUGCCAGCAGUUUGGCGGCCAACACCUGGGCUCCUCUGCAGACUCUGAACGAUGAUUGCGACGUAUUGUUCCCUGUCAGCACGGUUGGCUGCUGCUCCCCGACUGACAACCUGGAGAACGGCGAUGGGCGUGACCGUGGCGAUUUCGUGGUUGAGUUGGAUCAAAGGAACGCUGAACAUCACUACAGGUAUACAGCCACUAGAUGGGUGAGGUGGUUGUGGCUCAGUCCCAAGUUUGAUCCCCGGUAUCUCCAGUUGAAGGAUCUUGGGAAAGAGGCACUGGGGAAAUUCUGCGACAGAGAAGAGUCCGUCAUCGAUCUCUGCUUUGUUCAUUAUUUUACAAGCCUUUAUUGUGAACAGCGGUUAAAUGUCGCCGAACUUCGACAAGCCAUUGUGGCCAUGAUGGCUAGAAAGCAUGAACUGGAAGAGCAGAGCAGAUCUUUGCGGAACCUACUUGACGGAGAGAUGGAACACUCUGCAGGCCUACGUCAGGAAAUAGACAACCUGAAGAGGAAAGCUUCGGAACAGGACGAGCGCUAUGCAGCGAAGAUCCAAGCCCUAGCAAGAGAAAACGAGGUCCUGAAAGUACAACUGAAGAAAUAUGUUGGAGCUGUCCAAAUGCUGAAAAGGGAAGGGCAGAGUAUGGAAGUCCUGCCAAAUCUUUGGAAUGUGGAGAGUGAAUUUAGCCUCCCUGAACAAAAGCAAGUAGAAAAUAAUGAGGAACUGGCCAGCUCCUAUGAGAGAAAGCUGAUCGAGGUGGCGGAAAUGCACGGAGAACUGAUAGAGUUCAACGAGAGGCUGCAUCGGGCAUUGAUAGCGAAGGAAGCACUCGUGUCUCAGAUGAGACAGGAACUCAUCGACUUGAGAGGACCGGUACCUGGAGAUCUCAGCCAAACAUCCGAAGACCAAAGUCUGUCAGAUUUUGAAAUAUCAAACCGAGCUCUCAUAAAUGUCUGGAUUCCUUCAGUCUUUCUCCGAGGAAAAUCUGCAAAUGCAUUUCACGUUUACCAGGUAUAUAUCAGGAUAAAAGACGACGAGUGGAACGUUUAUCGGAGAUACACAGAAUUCCGAUGCCUCCACCAGAAAUUGCAAUCGAAGUAUCAUCAAGUCAGAAGUUUUCAUUUUCCACCAAAAAAGGCCAUUGGAAACAAGGAUGCAAAGUUUGUGGAAGAACGGCGGAAACAUCUUCAGAAUUACUUAAGAAAUGUUAUGAACAAAGUCAUCCAGACUGUGCCAGAAUUCACUGCCAAUCCUAAAAAAGAGACCCUUAUCCAAUUGAUGCCCUUUUUUAUUGAUUUCCAACCGGCUGGAGAACCAGUGAGCCGAAGCAAUCACCACCGGGCCACGCCUCGGUUUCCGCGACUAUCUCGGAGCCAUCAGAGAGAGCCAAGGAACCUGGAACCUCAAAGUGGUGACCUUUGACCCUCUGAACAGCUGCAAGCGCUAGUAUCCCAUGUUUGAAGUGGCCCCGCUGAUUUUGACUGUCCUAUGCAGUGUGUUCCCAUACACCGCAGAGAACUUCACUGAGCUUAUAGCCAGAGGGGAAACCCUUCUGUGGUAAGGACUGGUGUCCUGAGUAAGUGGGUCACUUUUUGUUUUGAAGUGACAACUUUCCCCCUAAAUCUGUAGGAGGACUUUUUGGCCACAGUCUGUGGAACUGGCCCAGGUUUCCACCGGUUUGCCAAAUGGCACAUUCUGCUUCCUCUUCGCCAUGUUGGAGUUCCCUUGGUUUCGGUGCAAUGGCCUGACAUUUGGCUCUUCUUACCUACCAAAGGCUUGUGUGCCAUUAGAGUAUAAUUUCCCCCACCCCUUUACAAUGACCAGUAGAAAUGAUAGGGCUUGCUCAUUUUUAAACCUUCCUAGCUCUUUCCAUUUUCAAAUUCUUUCUUUGGCUUCCUGCAUAUAACAAAGGACAAGAGUUAGCGGGCUGAUCUGACCAGGUUUCUGCUCAAAUAUUCUCAGAUUGACGAGUGAGUUUCAUCCCAUCCUGUCCCUUCGCAAAUGAAACGUUGCCUUUCGGAGAGGGCGGGUUGAAGCCGAGCACUGGGAUUAUUAAGUUCCUCAAGGCAAGUGAAAAAAGGCUUGAGUUUUCCAUAAGGCGGGAUAGUUUUCCAGCUGUUUGCCUGAACUCUGUUAUCGGUUUCACGCUGGUGUGUUAGGAAAAAACACUUUCUCAGCAUCCAAAUAAGAAAAGGGCCGAGGGCAUUCUUACCAUCGCUUCCAGAGGUGCGUGAGGUGCCGCCGCCCAAACAAAA